GCCAGACGAGCUUCGCGAAGAGCUACUCUGCUUCCCAACUGCCACCUCCGACCCUCUUGCGCACUGUCGACACUCGAUCGCGCUCCCUAGCUCAUCCCACCGCUACCCUUCUUACCUCCCGCUUCGCCUAUGCCCAUUUCUUAUGUUGCAGACAUGUCUGCCGCGGCAGUGAAUGGCUCCGACGCCGACAAGUCCACCACCACGCCAACGGAGAAUGGGGCCAAACAGUCACAGCAAGCGCCAGGAAAGAGUAGCAGCAGCAACAACAACAACGGAAAGGCUCUGGACGCCGCUCGCAACCAUGCCGCCAGUCCUGUAGACGGUCAGAAAGACAAACAAGCAUCUGCUCCCCUCCCCCGAGCCUGGCAGGGUACAAACCCCAUCACGCAGCGUGCAUCCACACACACUCCCAAUGGCACGGAAAAGCCACUUCCCAAACUGCCCACAAACGCCCGCACCCCCGGCAAGAGCGCAGCAAAUCCACAUGCCGAGAAGCAUGCUCACGAUCGCGCAUUAUUCAUCCUGUCUAGCUUCAUCGGUCACGAUGCAACUCUCACCCUGAAGGAUGGCGCGCAAUUCACCGGCAUCUUCAGUGGGGGAUCUUUCGAGUCCAACUCUACUCAUCAAUAUCUCCUCAAGAUGGUGAAGCAGACACGCGCUCCAACCCACCAGCAGGCCAACGGCAACACCGAGCUGUCACAAGAGUAUGGCGGUGUGGGCGAGGACCACGCCAUGUCGUUCGAUGCCGACGAUAUGGCCAGUCUGGCUGUGAGUAAUGUGGUGCUCGCAGCUGCUGCUGCGCCCAUGCAAAAUGGCUCUGCAUCCUCCUCCUUCCGCACCGAUACCGAAAUCUCCGGUAGGGAUCCCACAAUGCCGCGUGGCGCACGCGAGCUGCAACGGUGGGAACCCGACCUCGACUCCAACGUCGACCUAUCCCUCGGAGACUCGAGCGCGACGGGCUGGGAUCAAUUCGCCGUCAAUGAGCGCAUGUAUGGCGUGGAGUCGACGUAUGACGAGAGCUUCUACACCACUGCCAUUGACACCACGAAUCCGCUGUACAAAAUUCGAGAGGCGGAAGCUGCCCGCAUAGCACGCGAGAUUGAAGGAUCCGCGCCUGUCAACGAUCACGUAGCUGAAGAGCGGCAACGAGAUGCUGAUGGCGCCGACGGGCUUGAUGAAGAGGAGAAGUAUUCGGGAGUCAAACGUGAUUCAGCGACACUACCGAAGCGGAGCCUCAAUGCUUACGUCCCCCCGUCAAAACGACCCAUCACUUCCGCACCAACCGUGCCUGGCGCCCCCUUCGAUCCCGCCAUCAUCGCCAGCUCCCUUGCGAAACCCAGCCCGCCCCCUCCAUCUACAUCGGAGGAAGUGCUGGAGUCGUUCACCACCACCGAACCCAGCACCACUUCUGGAGAACAGACUCCUGCCGCCACGGAGAGCGUGGCCAGCCCGCCCCCAUCAACAGCCGAGAGUUCCAAGAAAGCAGGCGAGAAGAGCGCGGAAGACCAUGUGCGGAAUGCUGCAGAUGCCUUUAAGCAGUUCGCCAACGACCAGAAGUUGCGCGCACGGAUGACGGCAGAAGCUCGGCGUUCAACGGCGCGCGCUGAGCGGAAUGUGAGGCUCAAUGAUUUGAAAAAGUUUGCGGAAAACUUCAAGAUUCGCAGUCGCGUUCCUGAUGAUCUCGUCCCGAUCCUGGCCAAGGAUCCGCACAAACAGAUUGAGAUCCAACAUCGAGCGGAAGAGGCGGCGAAGCAGGAAGAAGUGAAGGUCAAGGAGCGAGAGGCUCAGAAGGUUGCAGCGGCUACUUCACCAGUGCCGUCGGCCUCGUCGCAGGCCGCUCCGCCUUCACCGGCUCCCGCCGAAGCACGCUCAUCCUUCAGCCAGCAACAAAGCUCUCGAGCACGUGUGAUGCAGAACUUGCGAGGAGUGAAUGUGCAACAGGUCCCCAGCAAAAACGUUGCCCCGCCAAGCGCAGCGACAGGCGCCAACCGGGCCUACCCUCGAUCCACGCAAGCUCCGUCUGAUCUACGCAUUCCCACAGGUCCGGCGACCGCACCCGGUGAAAAUCCACUGAGUCCCACCGCGGCAACCAAGCUGAAUGUGAAAGCAUUCGAGUUCCGGCCAGCCGCGAACACUUUUGCACCUGCUGGGCCCUCGCCCAGCCCUGGUCGUACCGCGCAAAGCAGCAUGGAUCGCUCCCAGGUUUCGGAACGGAAUAUCAAGGCGCCAGCGAGUUUCUUCGCCAAGGAUAAGAAGGCGAUCGCUGCGGCGGAAAGGAAGGACAUUGGGGACAGGCAACGCCCUGUCAAGCGUGCACUCGAAGCUGACUACACGAAUGAGCAGCGCAAGGCCAAUGCGGCCAACGGCGGCUUACCCAAACCAUACCAGACUCCUCCGACCUGGCCAUAUUCCGAGGCAAACGUCAAUGCUUCCUACAAAGACUCCCUCGUCAAGAAUCAGGGAAUGAGCACGGGUCCGUCUCCGAUGCACACGCCUAAUCCCAAUGCUCACAUGCCGCAUCAACAUCAAUUACCACCGCAUCUUCAAGGAACCCCCAUGUCUACCCCAUCUCGACAAGGCUACAUGCCACCGCCGCCGCAAGGACCACAAAUGUACGAUCCUAGAAUGCAGCAAUUUGGGCCGAACGGGUCGGUACAAAGCUCGCCCCGAUUCCCACAUGCUCAAGUCUCGUUCAACGGACAAAUGCCCGGCAUGUCGAUGCCGCCGUACGGCGGACAGCAGAUGCAGGGAUACGGGAUGAGUCCAAAUAUGUCAUACCGCCAGCUGAACCCUCCGCCUCAGCAGCAGAUGAUGAUGAUGCAGCCGAAUAUGCAGCAUAAUCAGAUGGCUCCCAUGCCCGGACAAUACCCGCCUCGCGGCCCAGGCGGCGGUCCUCCCUUCAACACUCAAAUGAUGCAGGGAGGCAUGCCGAUGAUUCAACAAGGCUCCACCCCAUCACCCUACAUGCACGCUCCGCAACCGGGCGGCCAGCCCUACUCCCCCAUGCCGCCCCAGCAACAGCAACAAAACAUGCCCGGCCACAUUCAACACCCCGGCUACGCCGGCAGUCCACGCGGCCACAUGAUGCAGCAUAGCGGCUCGCACCAAGGCUUCCAGCCGGGCGGCAUGAUGCCGCCGCAACAGCAGCAGCAGCAGCCUUAUAGCGCCGGCCCCGGCCAAGGCUACCCGUACCACAUGCAGCAAAGGCAGAUGUCGAGCGGCGGCGGCGCGGGAGGGUAUCCGCAUAUGACGCCGCGGCAGCAGUACUCUGCUCCUAUGCAGCCUAGUCCUGGAAUGCCGGGUGGGCAGCAAGGACAAGGGCAGGGCGAUGGGAGCGGAUGAGAGGGGGGUGGAAAGAGGCGGGUUUCUAUUAUUAUUGCUGCUUUUUGCGCCUUUUGGAUCUCCUUAUUCUUCGGACGAGGGAACAGAGCGUGGGCGCCAUUCCCACCAUCCUAUCUCGGCGCAACUUUUUACCCCUAUUGCCGGGCUGUGAGAAGUCAAGGCGUGUCCGAGACCGAAUCCGCGGAACGCGCGACUCGCAGGGAAUUAUCGCCCUGCUGCGGUUCGGCAGGCACUAUCUAUCGAAGACAGAGGCCAUCAUCGUUGCGUUCAGUCUAUCGAGCGCACCAAAUUGUUCGCCAGAGGAACGCAACACCGCGCGAGAAGCGCAGAUGGGGGCCGAGAGGAAUUGGCUGUUUAUUUUUCGUGCUGAUGGCGGGAGAGUGUGUUGAUGUCAUGAGGCGAGGUGGAAA